GAGAGGGUUGGCGACAGUAGCCUUUAUAUUCGUGGCUGUGUUCCAAUAGGAGUUCGCGGACUUGUCAGCUGCUCCCAUUUCCGCGGCUUUUUCAGCCAGUGAUGCGCUGCUUCUCUUCGCCCUCAUUGGGCAUCGCUGCACACGGCGCCUGCCUCCUUACUCUUUCCAUGCCCCUACCGCAGCCUGCUGCUAACUGCUAGGUCGUCCCUUCUCCAGGGGUAACUUGGAAGUGUCUGCGGUAAUAGAGUAAUUAAGUUAUCCAUCAUGUUACUAUGUAUGCAUGCUAGUAAGCAUAUGGUUAAUGUCUUUUUUUUUGUUGCCAAAACCUACCUUUAUUUGUUGCUUUUGUGUCAUUUAGUCGCAGAGAGUGUACAAGCUGUUGAAUGAAAUGGACAGCAAAGGGAGCUCCCUGCCAUUGAUGCCCGAACCAGCCAACCCCGUAAGCAUGAAGCAGCCGCCCGAGUCCCUCGCCGUGCACAAAGCUCGGGGGGACAUUAGUGUGGACCCGUCAAUGUUAAUGGACCAAGCCGCCGCCCAGCUGGCCGCCACUUUGCAGGACAGCGUGCUCCAGAAGAUGUCCAACCACACUCACAAUAACCACGGCCACGAGACGCUCAAAGACCUCACCUCCCUCGUCCUCAACGGGGACCAGGACGCCAUACCCAAGCUGUGCGCUGCAGAGACCCCCAUCCUUAAAGGUGCUGAAUCCCCACCUUCCAGUGGCACUCACCAGCUGACCUGCAGUCCGCACGGCGAGCCGGAACUGAAGGUAACCAUACCCCAGGUGGUCCAGGCGCCUCUAUUGGAGCCGUGCUCCGCCGGCGGGACUAGUUUGUCUGCCGGUGUUGAAGGUACGAUGUCUGCACCGGAACAAAGACAGGAAGCAAAGAGGGGAAGGGGGAGGCCUUCCAAGCCUAAACCUCAACCCAGACUAGGUUCCUCUGGCGCACUUGAAGAGACACUCAGCAUUGAUCCUGUUUGCAAGGCAGGAGAUGAGCCUGUUGUCAUCUGUCAGUCAUUAGCGGACACCCCAAAAGUGUUUCCAAUGCAGAGAAGAUUCUCUGUAGGCGAUGUGGUUUGGACUAAGGUGUCAGGAUACCCAUGGUGGCCCUGCAUCGUGACCACAGACCCUGAAUUCAACCAUCACUUCAAACUCAACAGUAAAACUAGAUCAGACCUCAUUUACCAUGUACAAUAUUUUGGAGAUGCCCCAGAGAGGGGCUACAUUUUUGAAAAAAACAUGGUGUCCUUUGCUGGGGAGGACCAGUACCAAGAGCUCAGCCUGCACAACAACCAGCAGGCGUCCUGUGUCAUCCACAAAGAGACACUUCAGACGGUGCCCCGUAUGCUGCGGCCUCAGUGGAAGAUGGGCGUGAUCCAGGCCACGGAGGCCCUUGUCAUGACACUAGAUGACCGCUUAGCCACCUUUACCUUUGUGUACGAUGACAGCGGUCCUCACCUGAAUCCCUGCAUCCUGGACAAGCUGAAGCCAGAACCAGGUAUGGAGGCAGAGACCCGCUUGCUGCUGGGAUCCUUGGCCCAGCUCACAGCAGCCUCCCAGUCCAGGGACGGCACUUUCAUGGGGACCAACACGCAAACGACCGCGGUUAAGCAAGGAGAAUGGCUUGAUGGACUGCAAACACUCCCACAGGAUCACAUGGUGCUGGGAUCAGUCGUACAUCUCAAGAAGAAGCGAAGGCCCAGACAACCUCACCCCCGUUUACAGACAAACAGGAGAAAAAAACCAGCCAACAGAACCAAAGUGGCAGAUGGUUCACUUUCAGGUUCAGCUCCAGCAAAGAGAAGAUCGAAGCAGAUAAGGACAACUGCGUUAGACGUGAACAAAAAUCAGCAGCCCAAAAGGAGGCGAAAAAAUUCCGUGUCAGAGGGAGCUGAUGAUAAGCCGAAGAAGAGGAGGCGGAAGAUUGAAAAAGAAGUAAAAACGUCUAACGUGCCUCUUGCAGAUGUCCACGAAGCAGAGAAACAAAAGCGGCCGAGAAAGCAAGUGCAGAAUGGAGAGAAUCCCAGCGAAGCCUCUAAGGCGAAAAAGAGGCGCUUGUCACUGUGCCCCGAACUUGAGGGCUCUGGAAGUGAAGGAUGUCCUGAUUCUCCAAGUGACAGCCUGGACGGGAUGAAGAAGGGCGAUCGCAAGAAGGAGUUUGUCUGCCAGGUGUGUGAGCAGGCCGGCGAGGACCUGUUGCCGUGUGAAGGCCAGUGCUGUGGGAUGUUUCACACCCGCUGCCUGAGUGAAAACUUCAAAUCAGACGACAAGCUUGUGUGUCAGGAGUGCAGCACAUGUGCCCACUCGUGUUUCACUUGUAAGCGCUCAGACGGCGAGGUGCGUCGCUGCCACGUGGCCAACUGUGGCAAAUUUUACCAUGACGCGUGUGCUCGCCUUAGCCCCCUCACUGUGUUCGACAACAAGGGCUUCCGCUGCCCGCUGCACACCUGCCUCAGCUGCCACUAUGGCUCCAGCACGCAGCAUAAGUCCACUAAAGGUCGGCUGAUGCGUUGCCUGCGCUGCCCCGUCGCCUACCACGUCGGCGAUUUGUGCGUCGCCGCAGGCAGCGAGAUGGUCACCAGCACAGCCAUCGUCUGCACCAACCACUUCCAUGCCAAGAAAGGCUACAGCCACCACAGUCACGUCAAUGUCAGCUGGUGCUUUGUCUGCUCCAAAGGAGGGCAGCUGCUGUGCUGUGAGUCUUGUCCCGCCGCUUUCCACCCUGACUGCCUGAACAUUGCCAUGCCUGAUGGGAGCUGGUUCUGCAACGACUGCCGGGCUGGCAAGAAGCCCAAAUACAGAGACAUCAUCUGGGUCAAACUGGGAACUUACAGAUGGUGGCCUGCGGAGAUCCAGCAUCCCAGAAACAUCCCCACCAACAUCCAGCACCUUCGCCACGAGAUCGGAGAGUUCCCCGUCUUCUUCUUUGGCUCGAAAGACUACUUUUGGACCCAUCAGGGACGAGUGUUUCCCUAUAUGGAGGGCGACAGAGGCAGCAAGUACCAGAGGACCGGCAUCGGGAAAGUCUUUAAGACUGCUCUGAUGGAGGCUGAAGCUCAAUUCAAGAGUAUGAAAAUGAAGCUUGAGGCCAAGGAAGCGCAGGCCCAAAACCGCAAACCGCCGCCGUACAAGUCCAUCAAGGUCAACAAACCCGUGGGCAAGGUCCAGGUCUACGCCGCCGACAUCGCCGAGAUCCCCAAGUGUAACUGCAAGCCGUCGGUGGACCGGCCCUGCGGCUUCGAGUCCGAGUGUUUGAACCGCAUGCUGCAGUACGAGUGCCACCCCCAGGUGUGUCCAAGCGGGCAGCGCUGCUGUAACCAGGACUUUACCAAACGCCGCUACCCCGAGACCAAGAUCAUCAAGACCCCUGGCAAGGGCUGGGGCUUGAUCUCACUGCGGGACAUCAAGAAGGGCGAGUUUGUCAACGAGUACAUCGGCGAGCUGGUAGACGAGGACGAAUGCAGGGCGAGGAUCAAGUACGCGCACGAGAACAACAUCACGGACUUCUACAUGCUCACCAUCGACAAGGACCGAAUCAUCGACGCCGGUCCGAAAGGAAACUUCUCUCGCUUCAUGAACCACAGCUGUCAGCCGAACUGCGAGACGCAGAAGUGGACCGUCAACGGAGACACGCGGGUCGGCUUGUUCGCCGUCUGCGACAUCCCAUCAGGAACCGAGCUGACCUUCAACUACAACUUGGACUGUCUGGGCAACGAGAAGACGGUGUGUCGCUGCGGCGCUCCCAACUGCAGCGGCUUCCUGGGAGAUCGACCCAAGGUAAAGAACUCCAGCGGCGCCGCGGCCGACCCCAAAGGCAAGAGGCUGAAGCGCAAGUGCAGAAAGAGGCGAGCGGAGGGCAAGAAGUCGGACGACGAGUGUUUCCGCUGCGGCGACGGAGGCCAGCUGGUGAUUUGCGGCAAGAAGACGUGCACCAAGGCGUUCCACCUGUCCUGCCUCAACCUCUCCAAGAGGCCCUUUGGUCGCUGGGAUUGCCCGUGGCAUCACUGCGACGUCUGUGGCAAGAACUCUGAUGCCUUCUGCCAGCUGUGCCCCAACUCUUUCUGCAAGGCCCACCAGGAGGGGGCACUACGCCCGUGUCCGCCAACGGGCCAACUGUGCUGCAUGGAGCACGACGAGCAAGAGGCACGCCUCAAGCUGGACCAGGCCGCCGCCACCCUGUCUGCCAAGGCCGGCAGGGCGUGCGGCGGCGAGGCAAAGGGCAAGCGUUCCAGGAGGAAAGCGGCUGAAGCCUAAGUGACCUUCCAGAAAACUCCAUGGAAUGAAAAAAAGUCUUCGUCCAACUUCUUCUUUUUCUUCCUGCACUGACCUAACUUCCUGUGGCGACGCUGCACAGACAACAAACUUCCACCAAAAUGCCUUUUUUUUUUUUAAACGUCAUAAAGUCAAGGUGCUGCCAUCUUGGAUCAGGCCCCGCCCCUUCUUCCUUUAGCACACUUUCAAAGCGUGUUAUUUAUGUGCAGAAUCGUCAUGAUUCAUAACCUGCUGUUGAAAGUGCAUCCGUGCUGCUAUGACAAGAAAUACCCAACCAGGAAGUCUAGUCAGAUAAAAGACCAAAACUUCUCCAACACGUUGCCAAAUGUAUUUUAUUAACUCUAAUAUAUAGUAAAUGUGUUUUGGUGUAGCUUGCAUCCCAUGCUUUUUACAUGUUAGGUUCUGAAAUGGAGGGAUGGGUUUUGUUGUGCUAGGUUUUAUUUGAGGCAAUAGCUGGUAAUAUUGGGAAAGGGGCGGGGCUGCCCUGUGACGAAACACUAAUGGGAUGUUCAAGGGCUCAACCGUGAAAUGUUUGUUCCAUAUUCAGAAGUCUUUUUCAAACGACACCGAGCUCUCAGACAUUUUUAAACAGCAUCUUCCGUUUGAUUUUUAUCGUGGAGAUGUGACUUCUGAUUUAUUUUGUGACAUCACCGUAGUCACAUAAAAAAACUAGCUUUUUAAAUUCAAAAUCAUUGGGUUGUUCAGCACCCCCCGCGACCCCGAAAGAGACACGCGGUAGGAAAAUGGAUGGAUUAAUUGGUUGUUCUCUUCCAAAGUCAGCUUUUUGUUGUAGGACUAGCAUCAAAUGAACAUUAUCCCAUUUUUCCCAGGGUGUGAACGCGUCAUCGUGCUGCGCAAAGCUUUGUUUUGCUAGCUAGCUAACGAUCGUCACGCGGACUAACCUACUCUGUAAUGGAUGCUAUGAAUUUCUACUGUCCCGUGAAGCAGAGACUAAAUGUGUACAUAAUGUAUAAGUGCUCAUAGCGUUGCAUCUAUUGUAAAUAGACAUUUCUUCCUCUUUUGUAUUCAAUCUUGUCAUUUGAUACCAACAAAAUGCCAUAGAACUGUAGGUGAAUAGGUUGUCACUAUACUAGAGACUAUUUAGGAUCAUGACAAAUGUUUGCCAGCUUGUAAUUAUACAAUAAAGUCCUAAUAUUAACUCUG